GGCAAGGCAUUCUGCUUUUGAAACCCCGUCAUUUCUCUCCCCUUCUCCCUUUCCCUCUCCCUCCCUGCGUCUUCAUUGAGCUAAGAGUUAAGAGUACAUCAAUGGUUCAACAAAUGAUCGACUCCAAAGUCAGUGAGUAUGGGCUACACAAUCCCGAAAAUAGCCCACCCGCCUGUGAGAAGCAACCUCCAGUUGCUUUAAAGAAGACACCAUUGAGAGAUUCACAGAAUGAAAAUAGAAUGGUGGUGCCCAACUCUAAUGGCAAUUCUCCAUAUACAAAGGAUGGAGGAGCUGCUAUUGAUACUACCAAGGUUUCUGGAACUAAGAGGCCACCAGCGUGGCUGAACCCCUCUCAAGACCAAUCUCCCAGUGGUAAUUCCCCAAAUGCGCAUCUUGUUUAUGUCCGUAGAAAAUCUGAACCAGAAUUUGGCAAAACCAGCACAUGUGAUGGCGUCAACUUGAACACUAGUGGCCCUUGUCUAAGGCAAGUUGACAACCUGGAGGGAACUAAUCAAUCAAAGCCCCAAAUAAAAGAGCCUAAAGUUUCUUGUUUUCCAGCAUUUUCUCCUCUCCCAAAGGCUUCCUCAAUGACUCCAUCUGCAAAAGCUUCAGUUCCAUCGUCUGUUGGAAAGUCUGGUAUGAUGUUACCACCGUCAGAACCCAAUAACCAUCCAGUUUCUUCUGCUACUCCAUUAUUGGAUAGUCCAAAGGAAAUUAAAAAGUUGCACUGGGAAGAGCGGUAUUGUCAAUUGCAGAUGUUACUAAAGAAAUUGGACCAGUCAAAUCAAGAGGAUUAUGUGCAGAUGCUUCGAUCACUUUCUUCAGUUGAACUUAGCAGACAUGCGGUUGAGUUGGAAAAGAGGUCAAUCCAGCUCACGCUAGAGGAAGCAAAAGAGAUGGACCGUGUUGCACUUCUAAAUGUCUUGGGGAAAACUAUGAAGAAUGUUAAAGCACCCUCAUCUCAUCAAGAUCAGCCAUAGAUUGUUGUAACUUGUCCAUGUUGGGAGUGGGUGUACAAAUUGUUUGUGCGUAUUCCUUCAACUUCACCUGCCUUGUGAUUGCCGGGUUUUUACUGCACAUUCCACCUUGGAAUAUAUCAUGAUGUAUUUCCCGGCAAAAGCUACAGACAGCAACAAAUUCUACCUGUAAUGACUCAUAAUAUUGGUUAAAUGAUCCUAUGUGCAGCUGCUACUAAGCUUAAUCUUCUGUCU